AUGCAGAAUGAACAAGAAAAUGAUGGUGAACAUGGAGAUACUCCUGAAAAACCGUUUGUUGAUGAUGAAGUUCAAGAAAGUGAUUUAUCAAUUGAAGUUGUUCAUGAUAAUAUAAAAUCUGAGAUUGAAGGAAACAAGCCUUCUGAGGGCACCGUAAUGACUUCUGAUAUUUCAGAAAUAGACAAGCAGUUAGACAAACUUGGUGCUAUGAUAUACAAAGAAGAAGAGACUUAUGCUGAGCUUGAGAAAAAAGUGAAUGAAAUGCAAGAAGAAACAUAUGAAAUUGGAGAAACCACAGCGGCCUUUGUCGGUGGUACGCAGGUUGAAACAAGCAUUAUUUCUUCUUCUUCUUCUUCUUCUAUUGCAGAACUUGAAGGAGGAGAAGAAGGAGAAGAAAAUAUAUCCACUGAAAGCUGGAUGGAUGUUCUAGUUCCAGAAAUCAAGAAGGUUCUUGGAUCUUCAGAAUUUAUUUCAGAGGAGAAGGUCACACUGCCUGACUCAGAAGGAAUUGCUGAGGCAAAGGAGAUAGCCAAAUCAGAAAUGUUAUUGGCAGCGGACAAUCCCAUGCUGGAGAAAUUCCAAUCUGUACUUAAGCAACAUCUUCUUCGUCAGAUCACUAAAUUGAAAAACAGUAUUCUGGAAAUUGGAGGAGACCAUAAAAAGAAAGAUACUUCCCUUAAGGCAGAUGCAGACUUAGCUUAUAAAGAACAGCAAUCUAUUAUGAGACAACGUGAAACCUUGGAAAACUACAGAAGUACUAUUGAAAAGAUUGCUCAACAAAGGAAAACUCUUGAAGAACAAAUGCAGACUCAAAGAAAAAAUAGUGAUGAAAUGAGGGAAACUUAUGAAAAAACUAAGUCAGAAGUGGAGUAUUGCCAAGGGGAAGCAGAAAUGUUAGAUGAUCUGGUGAAAAAAAUGACUGAACAUGAUAAGCAACAAGAAAAAGAAAUAGCUCUUUCAAAACAGAAACAGUCAUUCAAUUUAAAAGACAAAGAGAGAUUAUCUAAGGAGAAACAAGCACAGGACAUGCUUCUCUGGAGAAUGACAAAAAAUAUUUUAGACAAAAAAAGGGAAACAGAAGACCGUAUUAGAAGAACUAAAGCAAAAACAAAGGAAUGCAAUGUUUUAAGUGAAAGAUUACUUUCAGCUUCAGUCGAUCGUGCUGAAUUACUACUUAUUAAUGAAUUAUUAACUAAAGAAUUGCAAAAAGCAUUUCAGUAUAUCAAGGCAAGAGAUGCUGCAAUGUUGGCUGUAAAGAAGGAAUUACAGGAAGCAGAGACUAAUUGGAAAAAAUUGAUAUUAAGUUUAAAUUGGUAUAGAAAAAAUUUGAGAUUAUUAAUGGCCGAGAACGAAACCCUUUCUCGCCAGAAAAGGAAAAGUGGUGAUGAAGUUCAAUUUCUUAUCGACAAGAUAGAAGUAUUAAAAGAACAGCGUUUCAGGACUAUGGAAGAACUUAAUUCUUUUGAUGAGAUGCUAAAGGGGGGUGAUCUUGAUCUGAAGAAUGCUGAACAACUCAGCGAGGCUCUCAAAGCUGAUGAAGAACAUAUACUUAAACAAAUUUCUCUUGCAUGUGGAGAAAAAAUGAGAUUGGAAAAAGCAUAUAUGGAGAAGUUAAUUUAUCGGGAUACUGCUGGGAAAAUGGUGACUCAUGUCAAUGACUUAAUUUUGAAAAUGGUGGAAGAGCAUAAAAACAAGGAGUUGAAAAUGUAUAAAUUAGAGAAUCAACUGGCCAAAGAAAUGGUCGAAUUAGAAAUUCUCAAAGGUUCCUUGAAAGAAACUGAACUUGAACUCGAAAGUGCCAACACAAACGUUAAUCAAUUAGAUAGUAAUUAUGGAAAAAUAGAAAAUAAUAUAAUGAAACUUAUAAAUAAGGAAUAUGAGUUAAAGAGUUCUGUGGCUGUCAAGAAAAAAAAUUUAGAAAAUCUUGAGAAAUCUUGGGCUAAUAAAACAUAUCUUGAUAGCCCACUGGUGAUAAAAAAGAGGAAGCUGUCUGAAAAUAUUACAAGGUUAGAGCAAUCUAUCGAAGAAAAGGAAGAAGUUUGGUUGGAAUUUCAAGAAGGUUGUCUCAGAGCUUCAAACAAGAGACAAAAACAAUUAGAAAGGAUCAAUUUCCUUAGAAAACAGGUCAUAAUGAUGGAGGGUACUCUUGAAAGACUGGAUAAAAACCUUAAUGAACAAAAGAGGGAAUUUCAUCAGGUUUUAAACUCUUUGGAAAACCACAGACGUAAGAUUUGCGCUCUACAAGUUGCUGAAUUAAAACAAGGUAAAAUGAGACAACAAGCUGAGGAAAAUACUAGAGAAUUAGAAGAGUCAUUUAUCAAUCUAUUAAAGAAUUUAGAGGCAGAAAGUAUGGCUUUACAACAAGAAGUGUGGGAAUUGGAAGAAGAAAACGAAAAAAAAGUUCAAACUACAGAUAUGCUUCAAAGAGAACUUCUUGAAUGGAAUAAAAAGUAUUCAAUGGCCAUAGACCUGAGGAAAGAAAUUGAGGAAGAAAAACAAAAAGGAGGAGAAAUAGCAGCUAUGAAGCAGGAAAUUCACAGAAUGGAGAUACGAUUUUCAAAUCUACGUAAAGUAGAAGAGAGAUUGACAAAUGACUUAGAAUUGUGCUUAAGCAGGCGGGAUUCAAUUAUAGAUUCCGCUGAGGCCAGAGAAAAGAGAGCUCAAACAAGUGGUAUAACAGUAAGAGCUCAAGCAUGGAGACGUAUGGAAGAUACUAGAGCCAAAUUAAGGACCUUAAGCAGAGAAUCAAGACAACUUCGGAAGGAAAAACUUACUUGUUUAGAACACAGAAGAUUUAUAUCAGGUGAAGCUGAAUUUUGGAAGAUGAAUGUAAAAUAUUUGUCACACAGUCUGGAACGAUUGGAGCACCAAAUAAAGGAAGGCCAAAUUCACUGUCACAGUACACUUGAGAUGACUGUGAUGAGGCAAAGGAAGGCCAAAUUGUUGGAAGAAUUAAAAAAUGGAAGAUAUAGAGUUUUAGGAAAAACUGAAGAAAACCUGGCUGCCAAGGAAGAAUCUACUAUUAAAAUUAAAAAUAUUCUACUCAGUAUAAUUGACAAAUUAAAAAAAGAUUUCCCUCUACUUAGCCUUCAGUUAAAACAAAUAGAAAAUACUAUUUCAUACAAUCUUGACCCAGAAGAAACAGAAAAUAAUUAA